AUGGGUUAUGAAAGUGCUCUGCAGAAAGUCAAAGCCGAUGAAAAGCCUGAUACCAUUCUUUGCGAACAAUAUAGUUAUGAAAUAGAAUAUAAGGAUUCGUCUUUCGUGCCGGAGUGGAAUAUGGUCUGUCAUCGUUUAGUGAUGAAAGCCACGGUUCAAACUGCAGUAUCUUUUGGCAAAUUCAUCGGUGCGUUUGUUUUUGGAAUGUUAGCUGAUAAAUAUGGUAGGAAGAUAACCUUUGACAUUUCUUGUUUGAUAUAUAUAAUUACUGGACCAGUCAUUGCCUGGACAGAUUCGUAUAUCAUCAUGGUGAUAUGCAGAAUUGGUCUCGGAGUAGCUGGAAUUGGUGUCUACCAAGCAGCUUAUUCGAUACUGAUAGAAAUAGCUCCACCGAGCAAGCGUUCCGCAUUCGGCGUGAUGUUCAAUAUGAGUUAUCCAAUCGGAAUGAUUCUGAUUGCCGUUAUUGCAUAUCAUAUCAAAGAAUGGAGAUUAUUGCAAUUGUAUAUUUCUUUGCCGUCGUUCAUUCUAAUUCUACAUAUGUUAGCUAUGCCGGAAAGUCCAAGAUGGCUUUAUUAUUCAAAUCAUAAGAAGAAAGCCUGGAAAAUGAUGCGAAAUGUAGUAUCAGCUGAGAAACGAAAAAUGAUUGAUGAAGAACGAGUAAGCAUCAUAGCAGAAGUACAGGAAAAAACUUCUCGUUAUAAACAGUUCAAAAGAAAUGUUCGAUACUUUAAACACAUUGAGAUGAAUAUGAGAUUACUUCUAUGUUGGUUCAUUUGGUUUUCUACGUCUAUGGCGUAUUACGUAUUAUCGAUUAUCUCUGGCCAUUUGAAGAUAAACAGCUAUCUUUACACCGGACUUUCCGGUAUAGCCGAAGGAAUCAGUUAUAUCAUAGUUAUACCUAUGUUGCAAAUAAUUGGUAGACGGGGUACAUCAUUUGUUUUACUUCUAUGUUCAGCCAUCUCAUUUUCUGUUCUUCUCGUUUUACCAGAUAUGUUGCAAAAUAUUAAAAUGUUCGUAGCUCUUCUUGGUAGACUUUGCGUUAGCAGCGUAUUCGUCGCUGUGAUAAUUCACUGCAGUGAACUUUUCCCAACUGUUAUAAGAAACGUAGCAAUUGGAACCAGUUCUACGUGUGCGCACAUUGGCAGUACAUUAGCACCAUAUCUUGUGGAUUAUUUUAUUAUUUAUGGAUGGUGGGUACCAAACGCGGUUUGUGGCUUAACAACGUUUAUCAGUGCAUUGUUUACACAAGUAUUUCCAGAAACUAAACACUUAGCCUUAUAUAAUACUAUGGAUGAAUUUUUUUCAAGAUGUAAAGCCAAUCCCAAAGAACGAUUAUCUCUUAAAAAUAGUAUAAUAUACAGUCUACUUAGAAAAUUGUAUAUUGUCAGAAGACCUACCCCUAUAAUCGUUCAAGAAGAAUGAAGAGCAAUUCCACCAUACAUUUGUCUACUUCGUAUAGAAUACAUGCUUUCAAUGUCCCCUCAGAAUUUUUGGAGUAAUGUAUAUGUACAGCUUAAAAUUUAUGAAAAUAUGUACUAUAACGUUUUACAAUUCAUAAAGAAAAAUUAUACGGAAUGCAGGAAUAUACGUUAAUAUUCCCUUUUAACUUUCAUACAAUAAAGCACUUCUACAAUUUAACGGCUUAACAAUAAAAAGUUAAAGCCUUUCUUGAUUGAAAUUAUCUUUCCUCAUUAAUUAUAAGUUUUUACAGUACGUAUGCCUUAAAAAGGAAUUGUACUUUUCCUUCUAUGUUAAUUUAGGUUUAUCUACAUAUUGUUUUCCAUGAUGAAUAAUGGUAGCAAAAGUUCCUGCAACCAUAGCAC